AUGCCCACUGCUUCAAUUGACUGUUCCCAAGCAAAAGACAUACUAAACUCCGAUGGGCAAUUAUUACCGCACCAAGAUAAUCUAAUAUCAACACCCUUAGGUCUAACCAUUCUAGAAAUCCAGGGUGAAUUAAACCUACCUACUCAUGUCCCCAAUGUCGCUAUCACCGAAUCCAACCGAGAAUACAUUGAGAAUUUCAUAAAAGUAGACGAGAUAUACGAUGCUGUGAAGUUUGGAAGACUUGAAAUAGACGCUGAUGAGACCAAAGUUACGCUAUUCAUCGGUAAAUCCCAGCGUCUAAUAGGGAAUAUUGUUAAACUAGACCAUCCCUUGGCGGUUUUACGCGUGCCUGUAAAAACAGACGACAUGACAGAUGACGACGAAAAGAUACGACUUGUUGAUAUAGUGAAAAAGAAAAUGAUUUUCAAACAACGUCCAUUACCGAUUAUGUAA